AUGGGAACACUGCUCAAGCAACCCAAGGUGAGUAAUGCAGUGUUGCAUUCAUGUUGCAUUCAGGGUCUGUGUGUACUAGACGUACAUGAGAUAUCUCUAGUAGAGGACAUCAAUCAUGCUGCACAUGAAGAAGCUAAGAUAAGUUCCUCAACACAAAGGAUUGGACUCCUGGGAACACUGCUCAAGCAACCCACGGUGAGUAAUGCAGUGUUGCAUUCAUGUUGCAUUCAGGGUCUGUGUGUACUAGACGUACAUGAGAUAUCUCUAGUAGAGGACAUCAAUCAUGCUGCACAUGAAGAAGCCAAGAUAAGUUCCUCAACACAAAGGAUUCGACUCCUGGGAACACUGCUCAAGCAACCCACGGGUCUGUGUGUACUAGACGUACAUGAGAUAUCUCUAGUAGAGGACAUCAAUCAUGCUGCACAUGAAGAAGCCAAGAUAAGUUCCUCAACACAAAGGAUUGGACUCCUGGGAACACUGCUCAAGCAACCCAAGGUGAGUAAUGCAGUGUUGCAUUCAUGUUGCAUUCAGGGUCUGUGUGUACUAGACAUACAUGAGAUAUCUCUAGUAGAGGACAUCAAUCAUGCUGCACAUGAAGAAGCCAAGAUAAGUUCCUCAACACAAAGGAUUGGACUCCUGGGAACACUGCUCAAGCAAACCAUGGUGAGUUUUUAAAAGUGAAACCCUUUUCU